CAGGAGCUGGAGUCUGAGCCGGCGGUUGCAGUGGAGGCGGUGAUGUCGGUGCAGGUCGUGUCAGCAGCGGCUGCCGCGAAGGUGCCUGAGGUGGAGCUGAAGGACCUGAGCCCCUCCGAGGCGGAGCCGCAGCUGGGACUGAGCACGGCGGCCGUGAGCGCCAUGGCCCCCCCAGCGGGCGGCGGGGACCCUGAAGCUCCAGCUCCCGCGGCGGAGCGGCCCCCGGCCCCUGGCCCGGGAUCGGGGCCCGCUGCGGCUCUCAGCCCCGCCGCUGGGAAAGUGCCUCAGGCGUCGGCCAUGAAGCGGAGCGACCCUCAUCACCAGCAUCAGAGGCACCGGGACGGCGGCGAGGCCCUGGUCAGCCCCGACGGCACCGUCACCGAGGCGCCGCGCACGGUCAAGAAGCAGAUCCAAUUUGCUGACCAGAAGCAAGAAUUCAACAAACGUCCCACCAAAAUUGGACGUCGCUCUCUGUCUCGCUCCAUUUCUCAGUCAUCUACUGACAGCUAUAGCUCAGCUGCUUCAUAUACAGAUAGCUCUGAUGAUGAGACAUCUCCCAGGGACAAACAGCAAAAGAACUCUAAGGGAAGCAGUGACUUCUGUGUCAAGAACAUCAAACAGGCGGAGUUUGGACGAAGAGAAAUUGAAAUUGCUGAACAAGAAAUGCCGGCACUGAUGGCUUUGAGGAAGAGAGCUCAAGGAGAGAAACCUCUGGCCGGAGCCAAAAUUGUGGGUUGCACACACAUCACUGCUCAGACUGCUGUGCUUAUGGAAACUCUGGGAGCUCUGGGGGCACAGUGCCGAUGGGCUGCCUGCAAUAUCUAUUCCACUCUCAAUGAAGUGGCUGCUGCUCUAGCAGAAAAUGGAUUUCCUGUGUUUGCCUGGAAAGGAGAGUCAGAAGAUGACUUCUGGUGGUGCAUUGAUAGAUGUGUGAAUGUGGAGGGCUGGCAGCCAAACAUGAUCUUGGAUGAUGGAGGGGAUCUUACUCACUGGAUUUAUAAGAAGUAUCCCAACAUGUUUAAGAAAAUCAAGGGCAUAGUGGAAGAGAGUGUUACUGGAGUCCACAGGCUGUACCAGCUCUCCAAAGCUGGGAAGCUGUGUGUUCCAGCCAUGAAUGUCAAUGACUCAGUCACCAAACAGAAAUUUGACAACCUCUACUGUUGCCGUGAAUCAAUUCUUGAUGGACUUAAAAGAACAACAGACAUGAUGUUUGGUGGGAAGCAGGUGGUGGUCUGUGGCUAUGGAGAGGUGGGGAAGGGGUGCUGUGCUGCCUUAAAGGCUAUGGGCUCCAUUGUGUAUGUAACUGAGAUUGACCCCAUCUGUGCUCUUCAAGCCUGUAUGGAUGGAUUUCGACUGGUGAAAUUAAAUGAGGUCAUCCGACAAGUGGAUAUUGUUAUUACCUGUACAGGUAACAAGAAUGUGGUAACCAGAGAGCACUUAGACCGUAUGAAGAAUAGCUGCAUCGUUUGUAACAUGGGACAUUCCAACACGGAGAUUGACGUGGCGAGUCUUCGGACACCAGAACUGACCUGGGAGCGAGUGAGAUCCCAAGUUGACCAUGUAAUAUGGCCUGAUGGCAAGAGGAUAGUGUUGCUGGCAGAGGGCCGUCUGCUGAACCUAAGCUGCUCCACAGUGCCUACAUUUGUGCUCUCGAUCACCGCAACUACUCAGGCUCUUGCCUUGAUAGAACUCUACAAUGCUCCUGAGGGUCGCUAUAAGCAGGAUGUCUACCUGUUGCCCAAGAAAAUGGAUGAGUAUGUGGCCAGCCUACACCUGCCCACCUUUGAUGCCCACCUGACCGAGCUGACAGAUGAACAGGCCAAGUAUCUGGGGCUCAACAAGAACGGGCCCUUCAAGCCCAAUUACUACAGGUAUUAAGUUCCUGUAACUCAAGCCAGAAGAAGUUUUAAGGAAUAGAACUCCAAGUCUUUUCUCCACUCCUAUACAGGAAAGAACCCAGCAAGCUGCUUCUCCAAUCAGCUGCCUGCCGUGCUCACCCUAUAUGUUAGGUUAUUUAUUUAUUAACCUAAAUAAUAAAUGUCACCUUGGCCCAGAGUGUGGUUGCUGUCCUGAGGGCUGUGAGAGCCGCAGAAGUCAGGCUGAGGAAGGAAAGAAAUGGGGUUCCCAGCGGAUCUUUUGAGUCAUUCCCCAUUGACUCAGAAUCCUGAGCACUGGUCAUUGUUCUCGGGAGUUAGUCCAUGGAUUCCAGACUCCUCCUUCUCUGAGGUUUUCUGGAAUAAAUUUUUAGCAGCUGCCUUUCUCAGCUUUGGCCCUUCCCCGGGUGAGGCCUUUUGGAAGCCACUGAAUUAACAUGGCCUGGGUUCCCAGCCUUGACCAUCACUAUCACUGCCUUCUUUAUAAAAUGGAAAGAAGGAAGGAGUGUUGUGGCUUUGGCAAGCUACACCAAGAACUCAGCUGUGCCUGUGCUUCCUGGGAGUCUCCUUCCUUACCCAGGACUCCUUUCUUCUCCUUGAAUAUUUAUGUCCAUUAUAACAAUUUCAGGUUCCAAGAGGAAUGUGCCUCUAUUAUUUCCUCAGCAGCUCUGAUGUUUAUCAGACAUUUGUUUUGCCCUCUUUCUAACCCAACUAGCCUCUGCUCAGGAAGUGAGGGCCAGCCCCGCUGGGGCCCAUAAUUUUACUUCCUCGUCAUUUAACUGGAUAGUUUCCCAGGAAGCUCCCUACAGAUUGGCACUGUCUCAGAAAAGGAGGCUUGUUGUGAAACACUGCUUCCUGAAACUUCCUCCUAUUGCCUAAAACUCCUUCUGAAACUGAGCAGGGAAAGGCUUACUUUCCAAGGGGUUUGGGAGAGCAGGCCUUCAGAAAUGCGACAGAUCUUUCAGACCCACAGCUCAACACCCUAAAGAAGCAGAAUAUAUUUAUUUGUCUCCUGGGAAGGGCUUUGCAGCUUAACUGGCUAAGCUAUACAGAGAUGACAGUGUAAACUGAAUCCAGAUGAUCAAAGCUAGUUUGAGUAGUUUGAACCUCGUCAAACAUUCAUCCCUUUGGCCAGUGCCAUUGAAUAUGAAACUGAGAUCUAAUGUCUCUGCAAUUUGGUCUGUGGUCUUUCUUCUCUGCUGGGAUAUCUUUUUAUGUUCUGGCCAUCUUGGGAUUCUGUAUUCCAGAGGUAGUUUCUUGAGUAACUCCAAUAUUACAAAAAAUGUGUAAUGUGAGCAGCCUGAAAUUUUGUGUCCCACCUAAGAGUUGGAUUCCUUUUAGAGACUGACCUGCUGGCCUUAAGGGUUCCAUUGGGACCAGAUUGGUUCUAAGAGUUAAAGUCUGGAGUGGUCCUAGGAAUCUUGAAUGAAAUGAGUCCUUUUUCCCCCUGCCAACCCUAUUUAACACUCUCAGUUUUGUUUUUCCAUUUUUCCCCUAUCCUGGUCUGCCUCAAAGUCUCAAGACCAAGGUGACCCAAGGAAACACCAGACCACCCACGAUCACCAUAACCUUCCCACCCUAAUUCUGCUCUCCGAUUUCUACCUUCUCCAGCUUCUCCUGGUCUUCACAUAUACCCACAGAGCUAGUCUGGAAGUGACCUUCCCUUUGGAG